AUAAAAAACAUCUCUUAUAUUUUUGUCUAGCUCAUUCUCAGCUUUUAAUCUCAUAUCACACUCACUCUGUCUAGCUCUAGCAAAUAAAACCCAUUGCUCCUCUUCCAAAACAACCUCAUCCAUCUCCUUCCACCUCUAAAAAUCUGCAGCAUGGCCUUGUUUGCUUUUGCAGCAGUGCUUCUUUUGGCCUUCACCAGCUCUUCAAGUGCCACUUGGUGCGUUUGCAAGGAGGGAAGUGAUACCAUACUGCAGAAAACCUUAGACUAUGCGUGUGGAGCUGGGGCUGAUUGUAACCCUUUGCACCAAAAUGGCCCUUGUUUUCAACCAAACACUGUUAGAGCUCACUGUAACUAUGCAGUUAACAGCUAUUUCCAAAGGAAGGGUCAAGCUCAAGGUUCUUGUGACUUUGCAGGAACUGCCACUGUUACUGCAUCAGAUCCCAGCAGUGCAGGAUGUUCCUACCCUGCUAGCUCCAUGUAUGCAUAUUGAACCAUUCUGUUUUUCAUCUUCUGUUACCUUUAGUUUGGAAUUUGAUUCUUCAAAACCUUUAAACAACUUUACAAAUUUGCUCCUCAACAAGCUCUGGUUUAGUUUUUGUUUUCUUUUGCCUAAAGUUUGGUGUGGUAAUUGGUAUGUUGUAUUGUAUAUAGUAUACACAUUUAGUAGCAUAGUGGCUAGUGACUUUAUAUGGUAGCUAACUUUACUUUUCUCAUAAUAAUGGAGAAUGAGAGCUAUGCUUACAUUAAAAUUAUCCAUUCCCCACAAAAGGUUUUCUUUUGAGAAAGUGGGGAAGAGGAUGC